UAAGACACUACUCACUUCCACCAUAGCACACUCCUCUCUCUCUCUCUCUCAAUGAUCUCCUGCAAGGCUUCAAAGUUUAGCUGUGCUUCACUCUCUACCAACUUCACAUUCAAAGCAAUUCCGAGAAAACUCUGUUUUUACCAAUCCAAUCUUUCUUUUCGCAACAAUUACAUACUCUUCGCUUCACUUGACAGACCCAAAUGGAAUUCCACGACCCAUCUAGCAAAUUAUGCCAAAAAUGGAAAUAAACCCAGAAUCGAGCAUGACUAUGAUGAAGAAAGAGAAGGAGGAGGAGGUGGAGGAGGAGGAGAGAGAAAGGUUCAGUGCGACGUCCAAGUCAUUUCAUGGCGGGAACGCCGAAUUAAGGCGGAAAUACUGGUAAAUGCCGAGAUUGAAUCGGUUUGGAAUGCGCUUACUGACUAUGAAAGGCUUGCAGAUUUCAUUCCCAAUCUUGUAUUUAGUGGGAGAAUUCCAUGUCCACACCCAGGGCGGAUAUGGUUGGAGCAGAGAGGUUUGCAGAGAGCACUUUAUUGGCAUAUAGAGGCUCGUGUUGUGUUGGAUCUCCAAGAAUUUCCCAAUUCAGCAAAUGACCGUGAACUCCACUUUUCCAUGGUUGAUGGUGAUUUCAAGAAAUUUGAGGGCAAAUGGUCUUUAAAAUCUGGUGAAAGGUUUUCACCUAUGACUUUAUCAUACGAAGUUAAUGUGAUACCAAGGUUCAACUUCCCAGCCAUUUUCUUGGAGAGAAUUAUCUGCUCAGAUCUUCCAGUAAAUCUUCAAGCCUUGGCUUGUAGAGCUGAAAGAAGUUUUGGAGGGAACCACAAUGUACUCAUUGCAGAAAGUUCCUUGGGUACAACAUCUAUUGAUUCGCUUCCAUCCAAUAGAAUAGACAUUCACGGUGCUGUAACGGACCAUAAUAUACUCUCUCUUGGAGAGUUCAACAAAAAAUAUUCUAGCUCUGGUUUUGGUCCCUUGUCCCAAUCUACUAGUGAGUUGAACAAUAACUGGGGAGUAUUUGGGAAAACUUGCAAACUUGAUCACGCUUGCAUGGUGGAUGAAGUCCACCUUCGUAGAUUUGAUGGCUUAUUGGAAAAUGGAGGUGUUCAUCGCUGUGUUGUUGCUAGCAUAACCGUGAAAGCUCCAGUUUGUGAAGUAUGGAACGUUUUGACUGCAUACGAGCAUCUUCCUGAGUAA